AUGGCAUCACCAACUCAGCCACUCAGAAAAGGCGCAUAUGCUCCUUCAGGCCCUGAUGAUAUACGAGGCCCGUGUCCUCUUAUCAAUAGCCUUGCAAACCAUGGUUAUCUCCCCCGAGAUGGCAGAAAUGUGCGUGUCGAAGAAGUGUUGGCAGGGAUGGAUGCUAUCGGACUCUCCAAGCCUCUCGGUGCCGCCUUCGCCAAUCCCAUCUUCCAGGAGCGUGCGCCUUCAAAGUUCCACAAUGAUCCAGUUGUUGAGAGAUCUUUCCUUGAAAAGAUGUGGCAGACUGUUACUGAUCCGUGGUCGGUGAUGGGAAGAUUCGGCAUGCGGAAGCCAGGCCAGGUUGACUCUGAUGGCCACAGAGUCUUAAACUUAGACCAGCUUGGUUUGCCCAAUACGGUUGAGCACGACAUAUCUUUGACCCGUCGUGAUCACCAGCAAGGGGACAAUAUUACCCUUCAAAAGGAUCUCGUCGAAGACCUGCUUGCCAGCUCAAAGGAUGGCAAGGUCAUCACCGUCGAUGAUCUUGUUGAAUUCCGCAAGAAACGCAUUGCAAGUCAGAGAGCAGAUAACCCGGAUGUCCAUUAUGGCCCAUUUGAGAAUGAUCUCGCGUGUGCCGAGAUUGCGCUGAUACUCAACGUUAUUGGUACGGGAGAUAGUGUUGAAUGUAGCUAUGCCAAGGCUUUCCUCCAAGAAGAAAGGUUACCGAUCGAGGAGGGUUGGAACAAGCGAUCUUUUGGUAUAGUUGCUUUGAUCACAGAAAGGAACAAAGUCAGGAAGAUGGCAGGGGUUGAGUUCAAGACUAAAUGA